UCCUUGUUGAUGUUUUAGGUGAUCAACCUCUCCCAACGAAAUGGCAUAUUUGGAGGAAAUACGUGAGAAACAAAGAGCUCGUGGCCCAGCCACCAUCUUAGCCAUUGGCACUGCAACUCCAGCCAACAGCAUUUAUCAAUCUGACUUUACCGAUUAUUACUUUCGAGUGACCAAGAGUGAACACAUGACUGAACUCAAGUCCAAGUUGAAUCGCAUAUGUGAGAAGUCGAUGAUAAAGAAACGUUACAUACAUCUCACUGAAGAAAUGCUGAAAGAAAAUCCAACCAUAAGCACAUACAAGGAGUCAUCCUUAGAUGUUCGCCAAGACAUACUAGUGGAGGAGGUCCCUAAGCUUGGUGAGAAGGCAGCAUCAAAAGCCAUCAAGGAAUGGGGCAGACCCAAAUCAGAUAUCACUCAUCUCAUAUUUUGCUCCACCUCGGGUGUAGACAUGCCUGGUGCGGACUAUCAACUUGUCAAGCUUUUAGGCCUCAAUCCAUCCACCAAAAGGUUCAUGUUAUACCAUCAAGGUUGCUUUGCUGGUGGCACUGUCCUUCGUCUCGCUAAAGACCUUGCUGAGAACAAUGUUGGAGCACGUAUUCUCGUGGUAUGUUCUGAGAUCACAGUUGUCACAUUUCGUGGGCCCUGUGAAACACACUUGGACUCAUUGGUUGGACAAGCUCUCUUUGGUGAUGGUGCUUCAUCUGUGAUCGUUGGAUCCAACGCUGACAUAACCAUCGAACGACCACUAUAUCACCUUGUCUCAGCGUCAGAGACAAUUCUACCCAAUUCUGUGGGUGCAAUUGAGGGACACUUGCGUGAGGUGGGACUCACCUUCCAUCUUAAAGACAAUGUUCCUCAUUUGAUUGGAGAGAACAUAGAGAAAAGCCUUGAAGAAACUUUUCACCCUCUUGGGAUCAGAGACUGGAACUCUUUGUUUUGGGUAACACACCCUGGUGGCCCUGCAAUCUUGAAGCAAAUAGAGGAAAAACUUGGGUUGAAGGCUGAUAAACUGAGAGCAACUAAACAAGUUCUAAGUGAGUACGGGAACAUGUCGAGUGCAUGUGUCCUGUUUAUAUUGGAUGAGAUGAGAAGGUGGUCCAUGAAGGAAGGGAAAUCCACGACUGGUGAAGGACUGAAGUGGGGUGUUUUAUAUGGGUUUGGCCCUGGCUUAACAAUGGAGACUAUUGCUUUGCAUAGUGCCACCAUCGAUCCAAGCCAUUAUUAGUUGCCAUAAUAGUAUGAAGAUAUAUAUAUUAUUGGAAAAUACAAUAUUUUAAUAUAAUGAAUAAUUGGUCAAUAGACUAAAGUAUUAAAAUACAUAAUUAAGUUGUUUAUUGUUGUGUUUUAUGUUUAAGAUCAACGAUGUUAAGGUCUAGUUUUCAGUAGUUAUGUAUAAAACAUGUUUCUGAGCUUGU